CACAACCCCAGCUCUCAAACCAUCCAAGCAAGCAAGCAAGCAAAAGUAACCACACACGCAAAAAACACAGCCUUUCUUCUCCGGCGCCGGCGAGAGAGAGAAAGAGAGAGAGAGACCGAGCGAGGAUGACGCUGACGAUCCCGGACGACGUGAGGGCGAAGGCGGAGGUGUACGUCGGCGACGAGGCCGGGCAGGCGAAGACGCGGCUGCUGCUGGAGGAGACGGGCCUCCCGAGCGGGCUCCUCCCGCUGCGGGACAUCGUCGAGUGCGGCUACGUGGAGGAGACCGGAUUCGUGUGGCUGAAGCAGAAGAAGAAGGUGGACCACUACUUCGCCAAGGCCGGCCGCCACGUCUCCUACGCCGCCGAGGUCUCCGCCGUCGCCGAGAAGGGCCGCCUCAAGAAGAUCACCGGCGUCAAGGCCAAGGAGCUCCUCAUCUGGGUCACCCUCCACGAGAUCUGCGUCGACGACCCGCCCACCGGCAAGCUCACCUGCAAGGCCAUCGGCGGCCUCUCCCGCUGCUUCCCCGUCGAGGCCUUCGAGGCCCCCCCUGCUCCCACCUCCGCCAAGGACACCACCAAUGGCGGCGACGCCGUCGAGGCAGCGGCCAAAAAAGACAGCAACGGCACGGACAAGCCAGUAGCUGCAAAGGAGGAGAAGGAGGACGUUGCCGCCGGCGACGCCGCCGUCGACGAGAUCGACGAGAAGAUGAAGGAGCUGAACAAGGAUCAGGUGGUGCAACAAGCGGAGGCACUGACAGCCAAGAACUGAAGAUGAUCGACACGACACAUCUCAGGCUCAUCACCAUCGUCAGAAAAGAUCAUCACACUGAUCUCAUACAUUCAGAUGAGCAGAGAUGCUAAAUUAUUAAGUACUAUUAAUCAUUAUUUGGUUCUGAAUAAUCUGCAACUGCAUGCAUGCACUGCCUUAUUAAUUAAUUAUAAGAAGUUGUUGCUUUCUUGCUGCUGUUAUAUAUAGAAGAAAAUGAUCGAUGGAGACAUGUAUUAUCAUUAUCAUCAUCUGGUGAGAUUAUAUUUUGAUAUGAGCAAUGGAAAUAUUAUUUAAUUAUAUUUUGGUACUCAAAGGAGGCAAAUUAAUUAAUGCCGUCAGCUACCACUGGGCAGUACACGUACUGUCAGCUUCAUUUACUCGAGGGUAGCAGCAGCAAGCAAAUGGA